GCGCGCUUCGCUCAAUAGAAGCUUUUCAGAGCUUAGUGAACAAUCAGUUUUGUGAGUGUUUAUUUUUUUUUUUUUUAAAUUUAGAAAGCUGUAAAAAUGGUUAUAAGAAAGCCCAUAGUACCUUUACCAAGGCUGCCGUCAAGAAAAGCUUCAAUAAAAUCCGGAGACAGAUCAGAGGAUAUUUUGUUGACUUUGAGAAGAGUUUCUGAGACAUUGGGAGUUAGAAGAGUCAAGGAGCUUUAUGUGAAAAAAGCUGAUGCCAAACAAAUAAAAUAUCGUUUAAUAAUCCUUCUAACAAUAGCCAUACUGACCACCGCCUGGGGUCUAGCUUCUUUAAUCUACACACCGUUGAAAAUGUUAUUAAGUAUCCGACUAGAAAUGACACCAGGUUUGCCACCCUAUGAAUGGUGGGCAACACCUCCGGACGAAAUAUUACUAAGUGUAUUUGUAUUUAAUAUAACCAAUUCUGAGGCAUUCAUGAACGGAACCGACAAAAAAAUCCGAGUGCAAGAGAUCGGUCCGAUUAUCUACAAAGAAAAAUUGGAACAUAUCAAUCCAAAAGUUAAUCCUAACGGUACCCUUUCCUAUACGGCCAAUAGAACCGCUGUAUUUUUACCAGAAAUGAAUACUAUUAAUUUAAACGAUACUAUUAUUGUACCUAAUUUAGGUGUAUUGUUGAUUCCUGCCUAUUUUCACGAUUCCUCAAUGUUCAUUAAACUAGGAGUCAACAUGCUGUUGAGGUCGUUUAAAGCACAACCUUUGGUUAAAAUGACAAUUUACGACUACUUAUGGAACGCAACAGAUCCAAUUUUGGAACCUGCCGAAAAGCUAGCGCCCAGCUUGGUGCCUACAAGAAACGUAGGACUUUUGAAUAUUAUCUAUCAAGACUUUUCCAACAACGUCACGCUUUUAAUAGGUAAGAAAAACGGUGAUGCCAAGUUUUUCACCAUCGAUACCUACGAUGGCUCACCAUACUUACCACAUUUCUCUGAUCCGAAAUGUCAACUGAAAUUCCGCAAUGCCUCUGAAGGUAUAGGCUAUCCACAAAUGCUUACCAAAGAUGCUAAUUUGACUUAUUGGAGGAAAACUCUUUGUAAACAAGCGGAUAUACGUUAUGAAAGAGACGAAAGGAAAUUUGGUAUUAACGGAUAUAGGUUCAAAUUGAUGCCCUAUACGUUUUAUAGGGAGGGUUGGGAGGGCAAUGACGAUUGUUUUGCUGGAGAUCCAACGUUGCCGAAUGGUAUUGCUGACGUGUCGCCUUGUUAUUGGGGUUUUCCCAUUGCUGCCAGUUUUCCUCACUUCCUCUACGGUGACGAAGCUCUCCAAUCAAAAAUCGACGGCCUGACUCCAAACGAAGAAGAACACGGCUCUCAUGUAUUAAUUGAUCCUGUCACAGGUAUUCCUCUGGCAGGCAAAGCCCGAGCCCAAAUAAACUUGGUAAUGAAAAAGCUUUGGGGUUUUCCAAAAAACAUCCAAACUUUUAGCGAUACCUAUUUACCAUUGGCUUGGCUUGAAUAUAACCAAAUAGGUCUUCCUUGGUACAUCAAAGGGAUGGUCUACUACAUGGCAGUGAUUGUACCAGUUUGCCAAUUGCCAUUUUCGUUAAUCAGCUUAAGUAUAGCAGGCGUCUGUAUAUAUUUUAUAUUUGGACUUAUGGUAGGGAGAUUGGGUACUGCAGAAAAAGGCCACACAAUGAGUAAUAGGUUACUGAAACGUGAAAGUCAGGCUUUUAUACAUUAUGACAAUAAUGAUUGCGAAUUAUAAUUUUGUUAUUGAGGGUUUUAGAAACAUGAUGAUAAAAAGUUUAAAUAACUAAGCAGAAGUCUGAAAGAAAGAAAUGUAAUUUCAAUUAUUUUGUUAAUUGAAUUUUACGUUAUCCCUCCUCCAAUUUAGCCAAGUUUUAAACUGUUACUUGUUACCCCUAGAAGACAAGAAUGAAAUUAGCGACAAACCAAAUGAAUAGUAAAGUGAAUAGAACAGGGUAAAAUCGUUAUUGUAUUAAUUUAUUUCCUAUAGUGUGUUUUUGUUGUUGUUAUAGUUGCAAUUUUAUAUAUUAGGGUUUUAGGGGAUUAACUAGUUUUCUUUGUGAUAUCUACGUAAUUUUAAACAUAACUAUUACUUUUUAUCAUUUUUAAUACAGGUAAAGCUCAUUUUAGAUGUAGCAGGAGCAUCUAGACUAUAUUGUAAUGCCAAUGUUUUACAUCCAAUUUCUAUUUAACUUUGUUGUGUAACUUGCUGGAAGUUUACUAAAAUGUUUUAGGUUCAACAAAGUCUGUUAUAACAUUUUGCCUUUCAUUCCUACAACAAAUUGCACACCAUUUCACAACAUGUUUUGGUUAAAUAGUUCACAUCUUUGGUACUAACACAAAAAGUGCUUCACAACAUUUUCAAUUUGGCCAUAGGUACCUACCUAUUUAUUUUUAUGGAAUUACUUUUCUAGUUAGAAUUACGUAGCUUCAAAAUAUUAAAUUAAAAGAAUGGUAAAUGGGUAUACAAAAUAGCUAUUUAGCUAACAAGUGCGGAAAAUGAAUUUUUCCGCAAGUGUUAGGUACAAUAUUUUUCCUACAGGCGUAAAAAAGUAAAAUUUUUCUUUUUUUUUUUUGACAUAUCAGUGCGGUAAAUUUUUUUUUCUACGAGCUUGCGGGAAAUGGCUCUUCCCGCACGAUUUGCUGUGCGGGAAGACUUUCUUCCCGCACCGGUGCGGGAAGAGAUUUCUUCCCGCACUCAGUGCGGGAAGAGUUUGAAAUAAUCAUUGUGACAUGGAAUUGUUUGUAUUGUUGAUACACCUAUACCUGUACCUUUACCUUUUUAUAAAUACCUUUUAAUACAUUUUUAAUUCUACCUUCUGCAUAAUCGCAUUUUAUUUAAAGUAAACUCUUCGUAACAUCAGCUUUAGUAUGCUCGUAGAAAAAAUAUAGUUCCUAAAAUAGCUAUUCCGUACUGACAGCCGCGCGGAAAAACUUUUUCCGCACUGAUAUGUCAAAAAAAAGUUUUACCGCACCGUGCGGGAAAACUCAUUUUCCGCACGCAUAUCAGUGCGGAAAAUCGAUUUUUCCGCACGGCUGUAUGAAAAAUGUUUUAUGAUUCCUGCCGUUCUAACUUUCUAAUGUUUGGAACAAUAAUGUAUUAUCGUAUUGAUAAUAAAAAUUUAAUUGUUGAAAAUUAUUAGCUUCUUGUCAAAAUUUUGUACAUAUUAGUUUAAGCAAUUUGUAAAUAGUUUUUCAAUUUCGAAAUAAUUAA